AUGGCGACAGGCGGGGAGAAAGAUUUUUCGUAUCCUUUCACUGAUACUUUGUCCUCACCUUCGUCUUCUUCUUCCAGAAUAUCUUUUUCAGAAUCUAACAGCACUGAACCUACAAGUAGUUCGGAAGGUAAGAACCAAUUUUGAUUUGAGAAGAAAUAAAAAUCGAGAAUGAACGUAGAGGUCUUCAUGAAAUGCUUCGAGUUUGUUUUGAUUUGUUCGGAAGGCAAGAGCUUUUUUUUGACUUGAGAAAAGUCAAAAUCUAGCGUUGAGAUUUUUUGUCUCCUUAGUUGAUGCAAAGGUGGUCUUAGACGAAGGAAUAUACGGCUGGAUCUUGCAUUUAAUCGAGGAAGGGAAAAUCGCUCGAAUUGUCGAUCCUUGUAACUGGAUUUACGAGCUCGAUUGGCAAGAUGCAGUUUGGAAGUACUGGCAUGAGUUUCGCGAAGCAAGGAGAGGUGGAAAGAGCCCCUUUAAAAAAGACAACUUCAACAUCAGAACGGCAAGCAAUGGUUUAAGAGCUGCUCUGCUGAAUUCUUACAAAGAUAAAGGUGCUAAAGAAUAUCCAGAAAAGAAGGUUAUGGAUGAAGAGAACAAAACAAGCAAACGAUGCUUCAAAUUGCCUUCAAAUGUGGUUGAUAAACUUGCAGGAACAGCCUUUGCUAGUCAUGCUGUUUCGAAAGUUGUAAGUACUACCUUUUUUUCGAUUCACCCAUUUAUAUUCUAAAGCUAAGUACAGUAAACGCAUCCUGUGUUGGUGCUCUGCACAAAGAAAAAAAAAGAGAGAUUUGUGACAAUUAACCCUUUAGUCCCAAAGAGUGACAUGCAUAUAAUUUCUCCUCAUGAUAUUACCCCUGAAUCACACAUUUGGGUCACGAAAAUAAAGGAAAUGAUCACCAAUUAAAGAAUUAAACAGAUUAUUUGACAAAUUCUCCUUAUCAGCACCCUGGGAAAUGUAUCGAGGAUAGUAUAGAGAAUAUGCAUACUGAUGUUGGGGUGUAAGUUACUAUUUGUUUUUUUUUCAUUUUAUCAGUUCGUUUGAAGAUUUCCUAGUUUCAUUGAAAUGAAAGGAAGUUAUGGACUUCAAUUUUCAUUUAUUUUUUUCCAGGGAUAUUUUUUGUUUUGUUUUGCUUGUAUUUUUGUUCCAUUUACCUCAGCCUAUACUGAUAUUGUUUUAUUUUACACUUCAGAAUGAAACUUCCAGUUCUAAUGUGACUGAUUUUAGAGAGACAUCCGAGUCUAAGUCAGAUGCACAUGGAGGAGAAAACGCCAUCAAUGGUACUCUUCACACUUUGUAAAUGCUAAAAAAUAAAAGAUAUGCAGUAGAACCCCCCCAACUCUAACUCAGUUAACUCUGUCAACCCCUCCCCCCCCCACCCCUUGUAACUCAAAAAGGAUUCUAUUUUGAGUCAUUUACUAUCAGGUAACUUGAGCCCUCACUAAUUCAAAACAUUUUAAGUUUCCUUUAGGAGUUCAAGUUACAUGGGGUUGUACUGUACAUUAUUUCUAUCCUGAGUCUACUGUUGUAUAAUUUCACUUGAUAAAUAACAUUGUUAAAUCAAUCCAAUUUUGAUAUGUUAGUUUUAAUUCACCAUUAUCUAGCAAUCACAGUGUUUAAGAGCAAUACUUGAUGUUUUAUUUAUGUUGAAUAUUUAUACAUUUUACAAAACAGAAUCUGCUUCUCAUCUGUCAAGACCAUCUCCUACGGCUUCUAUGGACUUAAAUUCUCUCAGUAUUGAUCCUGAGGUAAUAUUCUCUCUUCUUAACUAAUUUAAACCUUUUACCCCUAAGGGAGACUUGUAUUCUAUUUCUCCUUACAAUAUAUAACCCCUGAAUCACAAAUGAAGGUAACAAGAAUAUAAGAAUUGAUCACCAACUAAUGAAGCUCUUGAUUGUUGAACAUAAGGAUAAAUCAACUCACUAUACAAACAACUUUAGUAUUUACAUAGAAAACAUAUUCCAUAGUCAGGAUCUUGACGUUUAUAUGUAAACAUUCAGUCACUGUAGUCUCCAAUUGAAAAAUUCAUAGACUAAUUGACCCUUUCACUCCCAGUAGAGACCAAGACAGACUUUCUUCUUACAAUAUCAACCAGAGUGAUGAGGAUAAAGAAAAAUAUCAAUUUGGGGAUAAUUAGUUGAUCCAAUACUAAAUUCUCUGAACCAACAUUGUAAUAAUUGUAUAGUUGACAGUAAGAGAAUUACAAAUUUGAUCCUGGAGUUAAAGGGUCGAGACUAACUUGUUCUGUGUUUCAAUUCCAAUUAAUUUGGUUAUAAAGGCUGACUGGACAACAUUCCUUUUCUUUUUGAUUGCAAAAAUUAUGCAACAUCCAAGAAAAAAACAAACAAAAUCAUGCAUUAAAGUGUCUUGCUUAAUCCCUGUCAAUAGCUUCAUUGAUGAAUGAGCUAACAACAAGCCCAUUUGUUUGCUUGCUUAUUUUCUUUUGCCUUGCCUUUACUCUUAAUUGAAUUCAAGGUGUUACAUAGCAUUACAAAUUUCUGCAGGGUC